AAGAUGGCUUAUCGCAAAGUGAACGCAGACCAGAGAACACAGGGGCACUCUCAAUACCUUGACAACGAUGACCUCCAGGCCACCACAUUGGAACUAGAAUGGGACAUGGAAAAAGAGCUGGAGGAGCCUGGUUUUGACCAUUUCCAACUGGAUGGCACAGUUGAUCACCAUUCGGGAAAUUCACAAAACACCGACAUUGAUCUCGAGCCUAUUCAGCCCUCGGCAUCCCCUAAAGGAAGAUUUCAGCGACUUCAGGAGGACCCGGACUAUGUGUCACAUUAUACAAGACCAGCACCAAAGAGCAACCACUGCAACUUUUGUCGGAUAUUUAAACUAUUUUGCACUGUUUUGACUUUAUUUAUUUUUGGAAUUUUAAUAGGAUAUUAUGCACACAAAAAAUGUCCUCCUUCCCCCACUCCUUCAGAACCAAGUGACCCUCAUUUCUACCACGAUAUUCUCAAGGAAAUCAAAGCUGAAAAUAUUCAGAAGAUUUUCAGAGAUUUGAUACAGUUGCCUAGGAAAGAAGAAGAUACAGACAUUGCAAUGAAACUUCUGGUUCAAUGGACGUCUUGUGGCCUUGAAGAUGUUCAGCUAGUAAAUUACUCUGUCUUGCUUGACCUGCCAGGCUCUUCUUCAAAUACAGUAACUUUGAAAAAUAGUGGUGAAUGCUUUUAUCCUAGUGGACAGAAGUGUUACAGGGAGACCAAAAAGCUUCACAGCCAAGACCUUCUGUACUCAUACGCCGCUUACUCUGCCAAAGGAACUCUCGAGGCAGAAGUAAUUGAUGUGCAGUAUGGGGCUGUAGAAGAUUUAGUCCUGAUUCAAGCCAUGACAAAUGUGACCAAUAAAAUCGCACUUCUGAAGCUAGGACAAUCACCUUUACUCUAUAAGCUUUCUCUGUUAGAAGAGGCGGGGUUUGGAGGCAUCCUUCUUUAUGUUGAUCCUUGCGAUUUACCAAAGACUCAAAAUCUUAGUGAUAAAGCAUUCAUGGUUUCCCUAAACAAUGGAGGAGACCCAUCGACACCUGGUUAUCCCAGUAUUGAUGGAAACUACAGACAGAACCGAUCGAACCUUACAUCACUGUUAGUGCAACCCAUAUCUGCACUGCUAGUCAAAAGACUUGUUUCUUUACCUGAGGACAGAAGCAAAAGUGAUGGGUGUAUCCCUCUCAAACUGCCUGUGACAGAAAAGAGAAUAAUCAGUCUAAAUGUUCAGACAGUCCCAACAUACAAGACAAUUUCUAAUGUUAUUGGGUAUUUAAAGGGAUCUACAUUUCCCGAUAGAUAUGUCAUAGUUGGUAGCCACCACAACUGUGUAUAUGGUUACAGUGGACAAGAAUGGGCCAGUAGCACUGCUGUCAUCACAGCAUUUAUACAAGCCUUGAUGCUAAAAGUUAAGAGAGGCUGGAGGCCUGAUCGGACCAUUGUUUUCUGCUCAUGGGGAGGAACAUCAUUUGGCAACAUUGGCUCAUAUGAAUGGGCAGAGGAUCUCAAGAAAGUUCUCCAGAGAAACGUUGUGGCUUAUGUUAGCCUCCAUAACCCAGUAAGAGGCAACUCAAGUUUGCAUCCUGUAGCAUCGCCUUCCCUUCAGCAACUGGCAACAGAGAGACAGAGCCUCACAUGUCUGGGGAAAAUGAAGUGCCCAGGAUCCAAUGUGAGUUCUGUGCAGAUGCAGGGUGAUUCUGAUUAUUUCAUCAACCAUCUUGGGGUUCCCACUGUGCAGUUUUCUUAUGAAGACAUCAAAACAUUAGAGAGUCCAAGCUUUCUCUUUGAAGCUCUCUUUCCUGCACAUAACACAGUAACUGAAGAGCUGGAUCCCUUGUUCAACCUGCAUGAGACCAUUGCUAAGCUAACGGGAGAGGUGACUUUGCAAAUUGCCAGUGAACCGGUUCUGCCCUUUAAUGCCCUGGACAUCGCAUUAGAAGUUCAGAACAGCCUUAAAGGUGACCAACUAGACACCCGUCAGUUGCUGGCAAUGGCUUCAAGACUGAGGGACAGUGCAGAGUUGUUCCAGUCAGAUGAGAUGCGUCCAGCUAAUGAUCCCAAGGAGAGAGCUCCUAUCCGAGUGAGAAUGCUUAAUGAUGUUCUCCAAGGUCUGGAGAAAAACUUCUUAGUUCAACAAGUUCCUCCAGGGUUUUACAGAAACAUUCUUUACAGGCUGGAUGAAAAGAUGAGCCAAUUUUCAGUACUACUAGAGGCACUGGAGCACUGCAAGCUACAUCAGUCAAAUGAGACCCUUCAAGCAGCCUUGUCAAAGGUGCUGAACAGCAUCAAUUCAGCUCAGGUUUACUUCAAAGCAGGACUUGAUGUGUUUGAGACUGCCUUUGCUGGAAAGAAAUGA